AUGGACCAACUGACCGCUGACCAGUUGGCCGCCCUGGCCCGGGAGGACAGAGGUCCUCUCACAAAGUCCAUUGUCAUUGCUUUCACGGUACUUUCCUAUGUUGCCGUAAGCCUACGACUGUUCACUCGUUUGCGCUACAUCGGACUGCAACUCGGUUGGGAGGCAAUGUCUACUGCCGUAUGCGUUUUCCAGAUUCUUCAGGCCGACGCAGGCAAUGGCAAGCAUGCAAUCUUCAUCGACUUUCCUGAAGGGUUCCGGCCAAUCCUCAAGUACCUGCUUUAUAGCAUCAUCUUUUAUAACCUCAGCCUUACCUUUACAAAGGUAUCCAUCCUGCUUCAAUACGGCCGAAUCUUCACCGUACGCAAGAUGCGCAUACCACUCUACAUUAUCAUGGUAUUGUGUAUAGUAUGGGGAGUUGCUAUGGUCGUCGUAGCAAUGUAUACAUGCGAACCCAUUCCUCCCAAAGUGGGUGAACCGCUGGAAUCCUCAUGUAUAGACUACCUAACCAUCUGGUUCCUCAAUGCCGCCAUAAACAUCCUCACCGAUCUUCUUGUGGCCUUCCUUCCUGUAAAGGUCAUCUGGAACCUACAAAUCGCCAAACGCCCGAAGAUAGCCCUCAUCGCAAUUUUGACAAUUGGAUGGUUCGUGUGCUUGGUAUCCUUCCUUCGCCUCCACGCACUCACUGUUCUUGUCUCAAACCAACGAGACUCUACCUACUACAGUGCACCAGUAGCGUACUGGUCCUCAAUCGAAAUGAACCUGGCCAUUGUAUGUGCAUCGCUACCAGCACUCAAACCACUCAUGGUCAAGGUCCUACCCGGCUUCUCAUCGCGCGGUGGCAGCAAUAGCUAUGGGCUGGGAACGGGUGGACUAGGCAAAUCCAAAAGCAUGUCUCACGGCAUCAGAAGCACAGCGAGGCAUGCCGGCGCUGGUGACAUUGAGUUGGGUUCGUCCUCCCACGUGGCUCGCCCAGAAAAGUCCAGCGAUGACAACAUCUUGGGCAAAAACAUUUACGUUUCUCGACACAUUGAGCAGCACUAUGACGACAGCUCGAGGGUCAGCGAUAGCGAGAGCCAGAAAGACCUCGUACGACACUGA